AUGGAUUUCCGCGGGGAGGUGCUCUUUUGGAGCAAGGCCAUGCACGAGCGAGUGGGUGCAAGGACGCCGUACCAGAGGUACGCAUGUGCGACUGCCUCUGUGUUCAUCGCCGGGGCAAUCGUGAUCGGCGACGCGUGGAUGUCUCUGAGGAGGCGGUGGAGACUUUCAAGGCGCGAUCGCGCCCAAAACCCCGUUCCACGCAACGUUUCAUCGAGGGCAUUGGUCCUCUACUCGGAUCCGGCAUACGCCGCUCCCCUGGUCGACGGGGACAGGCAGUUCGAGGAACCUAGCUACAACACGACGAGCUUGUACGACUCGGUGAGGCAAAUGGAACCAGGAGAAAGGAACUUGCGACAAGGCGGAUGUGCACAAUACAGAGGGCCAGUGGCAAAACAGAGGGCCAGUGGCAUCAAACGCGCUCAAGAAAUGUUUUGCAGGCCAACGGUCUGCCGAUCUCUGGCGAAACAUUCAUGCCGACGUCAGCAAGGUCCAAAGGGCAUCAAUGUGCCACCUGACACGACAUUUACUGGUUCACUCGUUGCAAAUUCCUAG